UAUGUUUAAAUGUGUGGACAAAAUAACAUACACAUGUAUCAUGAAAGUUGACGUUUAUAUUGUACAGUAGCUCGAAUUAGCGCUCAGUCUUACUGAGGCCUUCAUAACAGAUUAUAUUACAAUACAUUCCAGUGUGUACAAGACAACAAGUCAUGAGUAAUCGUAAGAGAAUGCUGUCUUACCGGCCAUGGGGAUCGACGGAAGAUGGCGCCAUAGAGUUUGAAUCCCUGACAUCUGAGACCUUAGAGGGCGCCUUGAAUGUUAUGCGAGACUCAUUUUUUCCAGAUGAGAGCAUAUGUAUAGGUUGUGAUUUACUGUCUGAACCCGGAGCAUCUGAAGAACUAGAACAAUUAUGUUUACAUACCGCUAAAGAUGGCGUCAGUGUUGUUGCGAUUGAUGUCGCCUCAAUGGAAGUAGUUGGUGUAGCGUUCAACAAAUUGCAUAAACGUGGCGCCCAAAAUGAAAAAGGAUACUUCGAAGAAUUUAGCGAAAACUGCAAGUACAAAGCGUCUAAGUGCCUCGUAGAUUUUAUGAUAAAUGUUGACUCAAGAGUUAAUCUUUUCAAACAUUAUAACGUAGACUGUAUUAUGGAAAUAAUGUUUCUAGCAACGAAGAAAGACUUCCAAAGAAGAAGAAUUGGGGAACUAUUAGUAUCCUCGUCACUGGAAUUGGGAAGACAACUUUACAAAGGAGUAGCUGUAAAAACUAUAGUUGACUUUGAUGAAAAGUCAAUCACUAAUGACGACGCUAUUCCUAGUCUUGUGUCAGCAAUAAUGACAUCGAAUUACUCACAGAAAGUUAGUCAUAAGCUUGGUUUCGAUACUAUUAUCGAAGUGAACUAUGAUGAGUUUACGUUUGCUGGAAAAAAAUUUAGUGAACGAAUAGGAAAUAUCCAUAAAACUUGUCAACUUGUUGCGAGAAGGCUUUCUAGGAAUUGAUUUGAAUAUAUAGUUGGAGCGCUACCUCAAUAAACAGUAUUAAUCUGUUUUGAAUUGUUAAUAUUGUUACCUAUUUCAACCCGAGAAAAAAUGGUCGGAUCUGAUUAGAGUCAUGUAGCGCAGUGUGCGCAAAGCCAUGCGUUUCGGUCCGAAAUGAAUGGGUUUGCGCACACUUACCGACCAGCGCACAUUUGUCCUACACGGAGAAAAAUGUCAAGUAAAUAUGCCUAUGCAGCAUAGUAAUAGUUAAAUUACUCUAUAGUUUGUAUAAGCAGUCACAGAAGAGCGAAGUGACACAAACUAUAGAUUAAUGUAACCUUUAGUAUGCUGCAUAGGCAUAUUUACUUGACAUUUCUUUCCGUGUACAUAACUGUAUAUAAUUAUAUUUAAAUGGUUAGAAAUAACUAGAUCCAAAUAUUGGCAGAAUCUAGAUUUAUUUAACUAUGUAUAGUUAUGCAUGACUAUAUAUAAUUUUACAUAGUUAUAUAUGAUCAGAUCUAAUCAUUUUUCAUCGGAUAAACUGAAAUAAUAAAAUUAAAAAAUUAAUUUAUGUUACCGCAGUUAUAUGUCGUAAUGAUCAAUAAUUGUAAUUUUUCUUAACAAUUUACUUCUUUUGUCAAUGAAAAUAAUUAUAUUGUCAUGCAUAGAUAUGUAUACUUAUUAGGGUGGUCCGUUUGGAACGACUAUUUUUUUUUUUUCGCUCCCACUGAAAAAUAUUGUUGUAGACAUUGAAAAAAAAAUUCUCUGAAAGUUUUAGCUCUUAAUUUUAAUUCUAAGUACUUUACAUUUGAUUUUGAAGUUUUCCCAUUUAAAAUACAUGGGAAAGUUGGGAUUUUUUUUUUAAUUCUCUAUAACUCAGCCGCAUUUUAAGUUAUCGGGUCGCCGUUUGCGGCAUUUUUUAGGUAAUUUGAUACUCUUCAAAAGUCUCCUUAAUAGUUUUACUCGGACUCUAAUUGUUUUUUCUGUAUUGGUUCUGAAAAUAAUUUUUUUAAUAAUAAUUUGGGUUUUUAGUUGAUAUUAACUAAAUAACGAAAUUUACAGAAAAAGUGCAGAUAACGAUUUUUUAGGAAAUUUUAUUCGCUACAAAAAAGGUCCUUUUAGUUAAGUGGCUCAAGUUCUUCGUUCACGUGAUAUAGGGAUUUCAGUAAUUUUGUAAAUAAAAUAUUUGUCCAAAAAUUCCACCAAAUACUAUUUCAUUUCAAUUUUAAAUCGGUAAAUAAUUUUCCUUUCAUUAAUUUAAUCCAGUCAUUAAAAUCAAAAGGGGUCAAAUUGAUGAACUUCGGAAAAAUUUUUGACAAAUAUUUUAUUUACAAAAUUACUAAAAUCCCUAUAUCACGUGAACGGAGAACUUAAGCUACUUAACUAAGAGGACCUUUUUUGUAGCGAAUAAAAUUUCCUAAAAAAUCGUUAUCUGUACUUUUUCUGUAAAUUUCGUUAUUUAGUUAAUAUCAACUAAAAACCCAAAUUAUUAUUGAAAAAAUUAUUUUCAGAACCGAUACAGAAAAAACAAUUAAAGUCAGAGUAAAACUAUUAAAGAAACUUUUGAAGAGUAUCAAAUUACCUAAAAAAUGCCGCAAACGGCGACCCGAUAACUUAAAAUGCGGCUGAGUUAUAGAGAAUUAAAAAAAAAAUCCCAACUUUCCCAUGUAUUUUAAAUGGGAAAAUUUCAAAAUCAAAUGUAAAGUACUUAGAAUUAAAAUUAAGAGCUAAAACUUUCAGAGAAUUAUUUUUUCAAUGUCUACAACAAUAUUUUUCAGUGGGAGCGAAAAAAAAAAAAAUCGUUCCAAACGGACCACCCUAAUACUUAUAUAUGAUCGAAUAUGGUUAUACUCAGAUAUAAUUAUAUAUUACUAUGUAUAGCUCGAUCUAAUUAUUAAAACCAUACAGGAACUUUAGAUAUAAUUAUAUAUCGAUAUAUAUUAUCAUAUCCGAUUAUAUAUAAUUAUAUAUAAUCAUUUCUUUCACUUCAAGUGUCAUAUCUGGUUAUAUAUAAUUAGAAAUGAUUAUCUAUAACUAUAGUCGUCCCGAUGAUAGCUUAGGAUUUUUUUCCCACGUUUCUUUCCUCACCACCAUAAUAUUAGAAUGGGCACAUGCGUCAUUAAAUGUGCGCAUGUGCUAAACCAACAUUUAAAGGGUUGGGGAAGAAACCGUGGUGGGAAAAAAUCCUAAGCUUUCAUUGGGACGACUAUAGACAUGAUUAGAUGCAAUUAUAUAUAAUCAUACAGAAAUGUAGGUAUAAUUACAGUGGAGCCUCUCUAACUUUGACGGAGACGAAUCCAAAAUUCCAGGAAUUAAAAUUGUAGAAGUACCCCUUCUUUUCACUAGAAGGCGUGGCUUAAAAAAAGUGUGAGUCAGUCGAAACGACCCACGAGUUUUUAAAUUUUAAAGGUUAGGUUUUUUUAAAAUUAAUAUGUCAAUUUUAUUGUUGUUAAACUUCUUAAAUAGAAAAUCAAUUUUUCCAGUGAAACUCAUUUUUCAUCAAGUAAUAAGUUUAUUUUUUUUUUUAAAUGAUAUUCGCAAUAUUAAAGCUUAUUUAACUUAAAUGUGUAUUUACGUACACGAAUUUAGGGUUAGAAUACUCAGUUUACGCGCAACGCCUAUACGCAAAUCCGCGCUUUACCUUUGCGCAUGUACAGUUGAGUGACAGAGUGGGAGAACAAUUCCCCUACUGUCGGAGGAGAAAUGAAGGGAAGUCAAAGUUACAGAACGAAAAAGUUAUAGAGACUCUACUGUAUACAAAACUAUAAAAGUCAUAUCAAAUUAUAUAUAGUUAGAUAUCAUCUUUUUUUCUCGGGAUACAAAAAUUUAUUGUAUAUAAGUAAAAAAAAUAA